AUGAUUGAGAUAAUCGAUGAUGGACAUGGCGAGGAGCAUAUGAUGGAGGCUGAGCAGCUUUUAGACGAUAUUCAACGCUUGUGCGAGAGGCAAUGGUUACAAAAGGAAGCAUGCCGUGAUCUUUAUGAGCGGCACGUAGACUUCCAGAGCCAACUACGAUUUGUCAGGAAUCACAAGCCUCAUGUCGACGAAGACUACGAUUUCUGUAGAGAAGGAGGUAAAAUGGAGCUCCAUACUAUUAUUGAAUUCUUCAAUCUUUUGACACAUACCGCGCAUCUCUCCAAGUUUCGUGCCUUAUUUGAGCGUGAAAAGAUCAUACGCGCCCUCCGUGCCCUUCACGAGGCUUAUUCACGCGGAAUCGCACACGUACACACCUUCCUACCCGAGUCACAUGCCUUGUUCCAGCCUCCGCCCAGUCCCGGACCUUCUGACAAUGAUUCUCGGGGUAGUACAAUCGGGCCUCAUACUCCAGGACCCGGCGCGGACAGAAUUAGAGAACAUGGGCGCCAAGAAAGUGUAGGGUCGUAUGAGAAUGCCGCAGGACUUGGGGCUGGUGCUGGUGUUGCCCAAGAGAAUCCGAAGAGUUUGUUGCCAUUAUCCCUGCCUCCCAAUCCCAAUCCCAAUCCUGAUAUGAGCAUGCCGACACCUCAGACGGAUAUCAGUCCGGAAGCGGGCCCUCCAGCAUAUGGAUAUGGCUUUACAGAUAACAAACCGCCAAUUAUGCCCGAGAAGCCGAGGCUAAGUCUGGAGCGAACGACAAGUAACGAUCGUCGUGCCCAGUCAUCACCUCUCGCGCGAUCUCAUACGCCACCGACGGGUCGAACUCUGACCCCCCAAGAUGGUAGAGGAGGUACCCCAACUGGCCAAGUACCAUCGGUCGGAACUCCUGGACCAAAAUUCCCCAUGCCCCAUGGAACACCCGGGCCUCGAUUAGGCACUCCUUUAGGAUUCGGAGCUCGAACUCCUACACCUCAAGGGAGUGUGCGACGUCCCCCAACCAUGAUGCCGCCAGGCCAAGAUUCUGACCGACCCCGGAAGGGAUCAGCCGAGUUGGAUCCCGAACGAUCUGGGCGCAAGAUUGAUAAGGUUGAGAUGGAGCGAUUGAGAAAGAUGGAGAAGGAAAAGGUAGAGCUGGAGCGAAUUGCACGACUAGGGAAUGAAAGCGAUGCCAGAGCUGCUAUCAAUGCAAUCGCACGCGGGGAGGAUUAUUGGGAGACCUUUGGGACUAAGCCGAGGCACGAAGUAAUGAUGUUUUUGGCUGCAGUACAACAGGAAAUGUAUCGUCAUCCACUUACAUCCAAGAUACACAAAGAGCUCGACAACGCGUUGCUCAAGGCUCACUUACGGUCCGGAAUUGUUCCUCCAGUCCAUACAUUCCAGCCCAGCGAGGUUACCCAGUUCAGCGCUCAGCCUAUCACUUACACUCCUUAUGCUGAUGUCUACAAAGCGCUACUAAAGGGUUAUGCGUUAGCGUCAAGGCGGUUCGAUGCACUGCAGGUAGCACAGGUGCAAGCGGAAGUUAAAAUGUGGGCCCAUUUUCGUCAUCAGAACAUCCUUCGUAUCCUGGGUGUAACCGCACACAAGCACAUGACAUCCUGCAUGGUCUCUCCAUGGAUGCCUCGUGGUAAUGCACACCAGUUCGUUAUCGACAACCCAGAUGUUAGCCCGAUCAGAAUCCUUAUGGGCACCGCGCUAGGUUUGGGUUAUUUACAUGAUCAAGGGAUUCCACAUGCUGACUUGAGAGGGGCAAAUAUUUUGAUUGAUGAUCAGGGGGAAGCCUUGCUGUCGGAUUACGGUCUUGCCAACUUCUAUGCCGAGAUUACUGGCCACUGCAUUCUCAAUCGUUGGACACCUCCCGAGACAUUGGAUCCCACCACCGUUGCUCAAUCUCGUACCGCUCGUCUGGCCUAUCCACCUAUUAACAUUACUGGUGAUAUCCAUGCGUUUGGUCUAGUGAUUGUCGAGCUUGCUACCCGCGCCGUCCCCUUCCACAACAUUCAUCGAGAAGAAGCCGUCUAUGCACGCCUAGUCCGUGGUAUCCGACCGCCUCGACCUAAUAACCUUGAUGAUGAUCUUUGGGCCCUUGCUCAACGUUGUUGGUCAUUCCCCCCGGCUGCUCGCCUGACGGCACCAAAUGUCGUCGCAAGUCUUCGUGAACUACAAAAGGUUCUAGAUCCGACUGGGCAUUUGGUGUUUGCACAGCAAUCGCCACCGGCUCCUGUGGGCACUCCCAGCACUCAUCCUGAUGACGAGUUCGUAAAAGUUGCGGUGCGAGCUCCUGCAGGGCAGCCCAAGGCAUUUUCCAGAAAAUUGUUGAUUGUGGUGACCACGGAUGGGGAAAAAUAUGUGGUCGUAGACGUGAGCGCGGCGAACACGGGGAUGGCUAUCAAGGAAAAGAUUAUGACCGCUGUAAAGAUUCCCGAUCGCGAGCGCUCGCAGUACUUGAUCUUCCGGACUGAAAUUGGAGAAUAUAUUGUGGGAGACGCCCUCAACUCGGAGCUUCUAUACAAGACUUGCGUUGAGCACGGUGAUUCCAAAGGCAACCUAAAGUUGAUUGUUGUUAAUCGAACAGCAAUCAAGGCCAUGCCUCGGACCGUAUCUCUACUCUCUGACAUGCGCUCGCCUAGCAUGUUACUUCUUACUGGUCAAGGACAAGGUCCGGGAACUGGUCUCCCAACCCCGUCGCCAUCACCAGGACCGGGCCCUAGCCCAGAUAGCACUCAUUCUCAUCCCACAACGACGACAGAUGUGGCUAUUCAAGCUCGAGUACCCAGGACGGCGGUUAGCCGAACCCCCCGAUUCGACUCUAGCUUUACGAAAACGACCGCCGCUACUGUUUCAGAAUACCAAUUAUCUCUUGACGAGCGUCGUCUAACUCCCCAGCCGCCCAGCAACCUUCCCCGGGGAUUCAUUGACGAGCGCUUUGAAUAUGAGAACAAGUCGGUGGCCUCCAACUCGAGUGUGGCGCAGAUGGACGCAGAGAUCAGGGCAACAAACUCGGGGAACCACCUCGGAAAACCCGUGAGUCGCUCAGCGAUCGCUGUGUUGCACUUCGAGCGCAAUGUUGCUCCAUGCGAGGGAUGUGGGCGGCAUUUUGCUGGCAUUUAUUCCUUAGAAAAGCAUUUACAAUCUCAAGGAGGAACGUGUAAGAAUCCUGAUUUGGCGACAGAACUUCAUCGUUUGGAGCUUGAAAGUCGGCCGAUUACCGAGGUCACCGAUUUGACGCAAACGGUUCGGACAUCGGAGAAAAGCACGCCAAAGCCAAUGCCACCAUUGCUUAGUCGGGUUAAUACGAGCGUCAACGCCAGCGUUAACACCAACAAGGCACUUCCUGCUCCUCCAAGACCGCCUCGUGGCGAUAGUGUAGACGGACCAGGCCCCAUGGGCUGGGCACCCGUGACACCACCUACCGCGACCAAGGUUCUGACCAAGGCAGUUGAUCUAAGCCAGCUGAAAAAACAGUUAAAGCACAAGUUUGGCCCCGACGCCAAUGAAUUCCGCGGAGGUCCUCGAUCCGGGGGACGUAUCUAA